UGGCUGUCAUGUGCCAUCGUGAAUUCAAAAUUGUGAUAAAUUAUAAAAAUAUACCCACGUGUGAAUGUACAUGGUAUUUUAUUUUCAUUUAUAUUUUGUUUGAGUAAUACGGGAGUAUGUGCAUAUUUUGACUAACAUUGAAGGGGUAUUAAAAUUUCUAAAAUGGUGCGUCAUAAUAAUCAAUUACCUAAUAAUUUGACUCAAUUACAAAAUUUGGUUAAAAGAGAUCCCGAUUCAUAUAAAGAUGAGUUUCGGCAACAGCUUGCUCAUUUUGAAACGACUUUAGAGAUAUUCAAUCUAAAUCCAAGUCAGUACAAUAAAAAAUUAGAUGAACAAUCAAUGUUUCUUGCACAGGUUACUCAAUGCUAUCAAAAUGAUAUGAAAACAUUUCCUCAGAAAAUAGUGGACGUAUUGAAAACACAUAACACUGUUUUACACAAUGACAUGAGGCUAGCCCUUUGCAAGUGUUUGAUUUUACUAAGAAAUAAAAAUUUUGUGAGUGCUUUUGAUUUGCUUGAAUUAUUUUUUUCACUUAUUAAAUGUCAAGAUAAGAAUUUAAGAGAGUAUUUGAAAACUCAUAUAAUAACAGAUAUUAAGAACAUGAAUAUGAAGAACAAAGAUAUGAAAUUGAAUUCCACUUUACAGAAUUUUAUAUUCACUAUGUUGCGUGACACUAACGUCAAGACUGCUAAAAUGGCAGUUGAUAUUUUGAUAGACCUGUACCAUAAAAACAUUUGGAAUGAUCCAAAAACGGUAAACAUCAUUGCUGACAUUGGUUGCUUUUCUAAGGUUAUGAAAGUUAUGGUGGCAUCAUUGAAAUUCUUCCUAAGUAGGGAUGAAGAAGAAAAACCAGAGAGUGAUAGUGAAGAUGAGAUAGAUCCAAAAGAUACAAUGAUUUCAAAUAAAUUUAAUAAAAAAACAAGGAAAAGAGAAAAAAUGGUUGAUAAAGUAAAAAAAAUCGCAAAGAAAAUGAAAAAGAAAAAAGCCAAGGCUCCUAUUUUUAAUUUUUCUGCUCUACAUCUAAUAAAUAACCCGCAAGGGUUUGCAGAAAAAUUAUUUAAGCAAGUUGAGUCAUCCAAUGAUCGAUUUGAAGUAAAGCUGAUGACACUUGAUGUUAUCUCAAGGCUUAUUGGAUUACAUAACUUAUUCCUUUUUAAUUAUUAUCCUUUCAUAUCAAGGCUUUUGAUGCCACAUCAAAGAGAAGUAACAAGGAUUUUACAAUUUUCUGCACAGGCAGCACAUGAAUUGGUGCCUCCAGAAGUAAUGGAACCAGUGAUGAAGGCAAUUGCUAACAACUUUAUAACAGAAAGGAACUCGACAGAUGUAAUGGCUGUCGGGUUAAAUGCAGUAAGAGAAAUAUGUGCACGCUGCCCCCUUGCAAUAAAUGAAGAUCUCCUUAGAGACUUAGUGCAGUAUAAAUCUUAUAAAGAAAAAUCGGUUAUGAUGGCUGCCAGAUCACUCAUACAGCUGUACAGACAAUCAAUGCCGACUCUGUUGCACAAGAAAGAUAGAGGUAGACCUUCAGAAGCAUCUCUAGAACUAAAGACUAAAGAGUAUGGUGAAAUAGAUGUAAAAGACUAUAUACCUGGCUCAGAAGUUUUGCUAGAUAAGACAAAGGUAAGUGAAAAGCUAGAUAAAAAUCAAAAGAGUGUUGAGUCAGAUGAUGAAUGGAUUGAUGUAGCUUCAUCUGAUUCUGAGUUGAGUAUUACAACAGACAGCGAAGACAGUGAUGAUGAUCAUGUGAAGGAAGAUGUAAAUGAGAAAAGAAAAAAACCAGCAAAGCAGAAACUAACACCAGAAGAGAUUGAGGAGAAAAUAAAAACUGCCCGUGAAGUGGCAAUGGGUAAGAUAUUUUCAGACGAAGAUUUCAAAAGGAUUGAAACUGCCCAAAUAAAAAAGAAUCUAUCAGGUGUAAAGCGUAAGAAAGCUGUAGUUGACGAAGAAGAAGAAUCUUCGGAAUUAGUAAAGCUAGCGGAUAUUGAAAAUAUUCAUAAAAAAAGGAAGCAUGAUAAAAAUGCAAGACUUGAAUCAGUGUUAAAAGGUAGAGAAGAACGAGAUAAAUAUGGCUACAAAGACAGAAGGAAGAAUGUUAAUUGUUCUAAGACCAAUAGAGAGAAAAGAAAAACAAAAUCUUACCAAAUGGUGAAACAUAAAGCUAGAGGUAAAGUUAAGAGAUCAUUUAAAGAUAAGCAAAUUGCAUUUCGGAACUAUUUAAUUAAACAAAAAAAAAUGAAUUAAUAUUUAUUUAUUGUCUACAUAAAAAUAAACUAUAUUUAACCUUGAA